AUGGAUGCGGCAAUGGCCGAGUUGAGCACAAUUCUGGAGGAUGGCCAGAAGAGUGCUGAAGAGGAGGAAAUCAAAAGUAGCAUCUCCUGCUCAGAUGACAAAAGCAAGGCUAUUGGAUUGGAUACCGAUUUCGCCAAGAAAUUCGCCGAGAAGUUUUGCAGCGGUGAUUCCCAGAGCGCAGACUUAAGCUCCAGCGAUGUUGGCUUGAGUGGUUACGAGGAUUACCGCUUCCACUUCCAGUACGACGCUGGUCAAAACUGCUCUCAAAGCUGCGGGGAUGUUUUCAGCACCAUGAUUGAUAACUGUCAAGGACUAGACAGCCACAGUGUUCAGCCAAGCGCCAGCGCCUCCCUAGACAGCUGUGGGGCAUCUUUUAUGUAUAGUUUUGAGCAGCCCAACCCGACCCCGAGCUGUGAUUUGGACAAGAGUGUGGACCUCCCGGCAGAUGUUUUCACAAGCGGAAUUUAUGACAAGUUCUGCGACAGCUUCCAAGAAGGGAAACAGCAGACAUGGGUCGUCAACCAGAAUGGCGACAAUCCCACAAAGAAGCGAGGCUUGCAGCGACGCACACCCCCUGCUAAUGCUAACAGUUAUAGCAACUACCGAACCACACUGCAAUUUGAUGUAACGGGAAGUAUGUCUUGCUCCAUGUCGUGCGCGGACGCCUUCAAGUCCAUCGCGCAGAGCCCGUGUGGCCGAGCCGGAAGCCAGCAGAACGUCAUGUCAAAGGAAGCAUCAAUUGAUAUCAACUGCGGUACCUUGUCUUAUGUGAUCAGAGACAAGGAUGAGCCCGAAUACGCCACGCUGGAGGUUGGUGAGCAGAAGUGCUUCCCUGCCGACAAAUGGGGAGAUUUCCCCAAAAUGCCAUCCAAGGACGAUAGCUCUUGGGACCAGUACUUUCUGCAUAACGCUUGUGGCGCCUCCAUGCCCCACCAGAAAGUAUCGGCUGAUCACCAACUCAGUUCAUUUUAUGGCGACAACGGCCGGCAACAAUAUCAUUUCGAUGUGAAAUGGAUUCCCGGGUGUCAAUUGAAAGACCAGACGGAACAAGACCUAACGGACCCAUUGGGCAGCGACUCUGAUGCUCAUUGCGGUACCCUUUUCAAGAACACUUACUUUGAUUGCAUGGACGGGGACGCGAAGAAUGGAGGUGCAGGGGGCUGGAUAGAUGUCGGAUGCGUGCGGUACUUGUUCAAGCCCACGAAUACAAGAGACUAA